UUUAUUUUUGUUGAUUGAUUAGGGCGCCGGUUGUACAGCAUUGGUUGUUGCUGUGAUUGCUAGAAAGCUGGAAUUGACUCGAGCUGAGAAGCGUGUUCAUAAUUUCAUGAUGGAAACUCAAUUAAAUAAAAGGUUAAAAAAUUCUGCUGCCAAUGUAUUGCGAGAAACUUGGCUGAUUUACAAAAAUUCCAAGCUUGUCCAGAAAGUCAGCCCAUCCAGAAUCAGAAACCAUCAAAGAAAAUUUCUUCUGGCCAUUUACAGCUUGAGAAAGGUUAAAAUGGACCUAGUAAAGUUAAACGAUAAUACAAAUACUAUAUCUGAUAUCGCUAAGAUUCAAACUGAAGUUCGUGAUAUAGUCUUGGAUAUGAACUCACGUCAAGAAAUUUUGGAGGAACGUAUAGUUGUUCUUGAAGAGAGGCUUGGUACUCUUCAAGAACAGUUAGAAUCACUUCCAGUGGCCUUAAGUCGAAUUAUCGAGCAAACAUUAGUCCCUUCUAUUCAACAAACAAUAUUUCGUUUGUCACACCAAGGCCUUACUCACACCCAGAAUGAGCCAACAUCAGGUAAUGCUGUUAACGGGAUCAAUAUAACAACGCUACACUCACAGCCUUCAGGAACCACUACUUCAAAUUCAUCGAGACAUAAUUAUCUUCAUCCUAAUGAUGCGGCAUCUCUUGUAAACCGACCUUCAUGGUCAUCAACAAGCCAUAACACUGGAGGAACCAACACCAGACAGUCAUUGGCUCCAUCGAUCCCAAAACCAAGCUCAUUUGAUAGAUGAAUACAUUUUAAAGAAACAUUUAUUGUAAUUCAAAUUUUUAACUCUUUUAUUAUUAUUGUAUAUAAAAAAUGAUUCAAUUAUGAAUAAUUAGUUUUAAAUUUUUAA